AUGAUCAGAUCAGCUUUCAAUUCCUGGAGAGAGUAUUUGACACCAGCAUAUCAUACAUCUACUUUCAAACAAACUGGUGAGAUCACACCUGAAGAAUUCGUUGCCGCUGGUGAUUAUUUAACAUAUAAAUUUCCAACAUGGCAAUGGUCCCCUGCUCCUGCUAGUAAGAAAAGAGACUUUUUACCUGAUGACAAACAGUUUCUAGUUACAAGAAGAGUUCCAUCUUAUGUGAGGGCUGCUGAAUAUCUAGGUGUUAAUGAAACGCUAGAAGAGGAGGAAGUUGAUGAAGAUGGAUGGACUAAAACCACUGUUCCAGCUGCUAAAAGUACCACAGAAACUAGUAAGGUUGAUGAUAAUAAACAGAAUAAGGAGGAAGAUAUUGAGGAAAUUGAUGAUUUGAUAGAUGAAAAUGCAGAAGAAGAUGAUGAUGAUGAUGAUUCUGCGGCUGUAACAGCUAACAACAAUCCAAAUAAAAGAUCAUAUGAUCUAUAUAUCCAUUAUUCAACUGCGUAUAGAGUUCCAAGAAUGUAUUUAAUCGGUUAUGAUUCAAACGGUACACCAUUAACACCAGAUCAAAUGUUUGAGGAUAUUACUGCAGAUUACAGAUCCAAAACUGUUACUAUUGAGAAGGCUCCAUUCUUAGAUGAUACUACUACUGUUUCAAUUCAUCCAUGUCGACAUGCAGCUGUUAUGAAAGUCUUGAUUGGGAGAGCCGUACAAGCUGCUAAAAGAAACAAAUCACAAGAGAAAGAAAAAGAAUCGUCUUCUGAACAGGAUUUAGUUAAAGGGGUUGGUAAAUUGGGUCUAGCCGAUAGUAAAGAUGAAGAAGAAUGGGAACAACUUGAUGAAGAUGAUGUUCAAGAGGAAGAUAUUGUUAGAGUAGAUCAAUACUUGAUUAUAUUUUUGAAGUUCAUUACAAGUGUUACCCCUGGUAUUGAACAUGAUUAUACUAUGGACGCAUUUUGA